CCACUUUUCUUGACUGUGACAAAAGCUGCUGCUUUGGAGGUGUGUUUACAAUGAGUACAAAUGCAGAGCGAAGGUUCACUAAUCUCAGGAAACGUCUAGAUCAGCUGGGCUAUCGGCAACCACUGGGAGUGGAGAGUUUGCCCUUGGUGGAAAAGCUUUUUAGUGACUUAGUUCAUACAACUGAGAGCUUGCGCAGUGCAAAGUUAUCUGCUGGAAAAACUGAAAAAGAAUACAGCAAUUAUGAUACUAUUUUGGAACCUUAUAAAACAGAAAAUGCCAAACUUACCAGGGAAAAUAAUGAACUACAUUUAGAAAUAUUAAAACUGAAAGAGCGGUCUGAUCGUCAUGUUAAAGACUUGAAAGCCUCCUUAAGGAGGGCUGAACAUGGAACUUCUGACUUGAAAUUUCUGAAUAACCAAUAUAUACAUAAAAUUAAAAUGUUGGAAAAAGAGAACAAAGCCAAGACUGAAAAAAUUCAGCAGCUUCAGGAGAAGAAUCUGCAAGCAGUGGUGCAAACACCUGGAGGCAGAAAAAGAAGCAUUCCCUUCAGGCGUCAGCGCAUGCAGAUAGACCAGCUUGUCCCCCCAUCAGGCGUUAGUGCCUACCCAGUUCCUCAGCCAGAGGACCCUUAUAUUGCAGACCUUCUUCAAGUGGCUGAUAAUCGAAUUCAUGAACUUCAGUCAGAAGUAACAGAGCUACAAGAAAAACUGGAGAUAUCUGAAUGUGGAAUGAAAAAUUAUAGCAAACAAGUUGAGCUAAGAGACAAAGAAAUUGAGCGCCUUUUGCUGGCUCUGGAUGGUGGCCGUUCUCAUGAGGUUCUCUCUCUGGAAUCAAGAACUAAAAGUAAUGAGAAGCUUAUUGCCCACUUAAAUUUGCAGGUUGAGUAUCUUCAGCAAAGAAACAAAGAACUUGAAAAUCGCAUUCAAGACCUCUUGGACACGAAACAAAAUGUGACUAGUGAGGUAGUGCAUUUAAGCAAUAAAAAUGAAGAACUGUGUCAAGAACUGAAUGAAAUAGAUCACUUGGCACAGCAGUUGGAAAGACACAAGGAAAUUGUGCUCGAGACUGCAGAUAAGGAAAUAGGAGAAGCAAAGAAAGAAAUUGAAAGAAAACACAGUGAAAUACAGGAUCUUCAAGAAACAAUAACAAAGCUUAAAUCAGAGUUGUGCUCAUGUCGUAGGGAGAACGAGAGACUGAAUGAAGAACUCUUUGGAAAAACAGGUGAUAAAGACAAUCUUGAGGUGGUGUUAAAUCAGCUUCAACAAGAGAAGCAAAGGCUGACAGAAAAAACAGAGAACUUAGAAAUAAAAGAACGAGAACUUGUCCUAGAAAUAGAAAGAAUGAGAGUAGAAUAUGGUAUAGCCCUAGGAGACAAAUCUCCAUCUCGUCUAGAUGCAUUUGUGAAGACUUUAGAAGAUGACAGAGAUUAUUAUAAGCGAGAAUUAGAAUAUCUUCAGAAAAUGAUAAGACGAAGGCCUAGCCCAAGCCGCAGGACUCCAGAGAAGGGCGAAGAGCUUAAAUUGAUCACCAGAGAAAGAGAUGAGCUACGGUCCAUGUUAGACAGAUUUGAAAAACACAUGAUAGAAAUUCAGUCCAAUGUCAGAUUAUUGACUGCAGAAAGAAAUAGAUUAAAUGUUCUUUAUGAGCAGUCUCAAAGUGAGUUGAACAGGAUGAGAAGAGAAGCAAAGCAUAGUUUAGUUUCUCAAAGUCACGUGGAAGAAGAAAGAGACAUUGCACUGACUGACUUUAGAAGACUAAUGGCAGAAAAAGAAAGCCUCAGAGAAAAAUUAAAGAUUCAGCAAGAAACAGCAAACCUUGAAAAAUCAAAGAUGCAGCAUGAUAUUUCAGAACUGGAGAAUAACAUUCAAGGACUUGAGAUGGAAAAGUGUGAACUAAAGUCUACAGUCUCCAUUCUGAAAGAAAGAACAAACUAUUUGGAAAAUGAAUUAAAAUUGAAGUCCAGUAAACUUGCCCAGACUUCUGAUGAUUCUUCUCAAUUUAAAGCUGAGAUUUGCUCACUUCAGCUCUUAAAUGACCAGCUCCAGAGGUCUGUUGAAGAUUUACAGCACCGCUUGUCCCUCAGAAAGGAUGAUCUGCAGUCAGCUCAGGAAGAAAUUGUAAUGCUAAAGGAGAAAAUAGAUAGGUUAAACCAGAGGAGCACUUCACAGGAUGAAGCAGUCAAUGUGCUUAGAAGUACUAUUACUGUUUUGGAUAAAGAAAAGGACAGUCUUCAAGAAACCGUGGAUGAAAAAACAGAAAGAAUUGCAUGCUUAGAUGACAACUUAGCUAACAAGGAGAAAACAAUUACUCAUUUACGCCUCACUCUCUCUGAGCUGGAGUCCUCAACAGACCAGAUGAAGGACAUGCUGAGCAGCAGAGACUGUGAGAUAUCGAGCUUACAACGCCAGCUUGAUACGUCCCAAGUGGAGCUUGCAGAAAUGGGAAGAGUAAAGGACAUGGCUCUGAAAGAAAACAGACGACUGCAAGAUGACCUAGCUACAAUGGCCAGAGAAAACCAGGCUAUCAGUACUGAGCUUGAAGAUGCAAUACGUGAAAAAGAAGAAAUGAAAACCAGGGUUCAUAAUUAUAUAACUGAAGUUUCCAGAUUUGAGACCUUGAUGGCUUCGAAGGAACAAGAGAACCAAGAAUUGUUAGUGAAAUUCCAAAUGCUCCAUACGCAAGCUGAAGACUGGGAAAUGAAGGCUCAUCAAGCUGAAGGAGAAAGCAGCUCAAUACGACUUGAACUCCUUUCAGUAGACACAGACCGGAGACAUCUUCGGGAGAGAGUAGAACUUCUGGAAAAAGAGAUUCAAGGGCAUAUCGUUGCACAUCAAGUAUAUGAAUCUCAGAUCUCCUCCAUUACAAAAAACAUGUCCAAAUUGGAAGAGGACCUUAAACAUGAAAAUCAGGAUAAGGCUGCUGUGUUAGCAGACCUGACUUCUGUGAGGGAACUCUGCGUGAAACUUGAGUCUGGCAAAGAUCUUUUAUCUCGACAGUUGACAUCCAAAAGCAUGGAUUAUGAAAGGGUUCUAGGAGAAUUAGAAGAUAUAAAAUCAGAAGUAGAGUUGCUGAAAAAGCAGUUAUCCAGUGAGAGACUUACAGUUCAGAAUCUUGAAACGUUACUGGCUACUAGUAGAGACAAAGAAUUUCAGAACCAAUUAACAUCCCAAGAGAAAGAUACCGAAAUUCAAUUACUGAAAGACAAGCUAACACUUGCUGAGAGCAAACUCAUAUGCCUGUCUCUGAAGGACUUAGAAUAAGAUAUCAUCGAGAUCUCUUGUCUUCUGCAUCUGUUCUCAACACACUGGAUCAAGAUACCAUUCUAGGAAUUUUACUGAUGAAUAGGGAACAUGGGAAAAAAUAUUCUACGGUUCUUUUUGGAACAAAUCUCUUGAGUAGUUUGCAUCUUCCUGGAGUCAAAGACCAGCGGGUGCCAGACAGGAAGUUUGUGACUGACCUAGGAGUGGAAAUUGUUUUUCAGAAUUCCAGUCCAGUGCUUUAGCAAUAAACUAGUACAACUUUACUUCUCCAGAAGUGACUUUUGAGCACUCCGCCUCAUACUGGCUUUGAAGACUGUAUGGAAUAACACAGCUGUCUCGGUUCUCAUUUAGACAACUUAUUUUACACUCAAUGUUUUUUUUUCUUCCUUUAUAAAGAAUUAAUAGUAUUUUGCAACCAAGCAUUGGGUUGGUCAAGCUGAUGAUUUACUGAGAAGUAUGCUUAAUUAUGUUAGUUAAGAUUUUCAAGGUUGCUUUUCAUUUUGAUUCUUGCAGUUGAAACAGUUGGGCCCAAAUACCAAGGUUAUAGUUGACAAGCCAUGAGACUCUGGGUUGUGCUGGUCUGGUAUUUGCAUUAAUAUAUUUUUUAUGUAGAUUUGAUUCAGUAGUUUUCAUUGCUAGCCAUAGUUCCAGGCUACUUGAUAUAAUUUUUACUGUUACGUUUGUAUUUUAUGUGGAUACUUACUGCUUUUUUCUUCUUUUUUUUUUUUUUUAAAUGUACACAUAAAGAUCAUCUCACAUGCAAAAGAGGGUAGUGAAUCAAUAAAUUAAUGUUUUAAUUGUUUUGUCUGUUUUUAUAAAACAUGUCUGUGUUUACCUUUGUCUGAAAAAGAACACAAUGUAGUUAGGAUGUAGUGAGAGCUUCUCACUUCAUUCUCACCUUACUUCUUCAUGAAACAUUGUGUUACAUUCACUUGGUUCUUGCUUUCUUGCUUCUAAUUUGUCUUUGAUCUGGUCUGUGUGAAGCAACAUGUUUAGUAUCUGGUUUUGGUUUUUUGUGCUCUAAAUUAUCUAAGCUCCUAGCUGACGGUGUUCAAAGAAAAC